GCUUUAUUUUAUUUUAUUUUUUUCUGAGACAGUUUCUCUACCUACCCCUGGCUGUCCUGAAACUCACUGUGUAGACUUGCCUAUAACUCACAGAAAUCCUCCUGUCUCUGCCUCCCGAGUGCUGGGGCUAGCCACGACACCCUGCCUAGAUUACAUUUUCUUCAACCAUUCUUCUACCUAGGCUGGGCUAUAACUUAAGCUAUUGUAAUAGCGCUACAAUAAACAUUACUUAAACAUUUUGGAGUCAAGGCUCUGUUCAACAGAGGGUGGACUGCUUGGACACUUUCCAGAAGCUCUGUCUUGCCUCGGGGCUGUUAAGGCCCAAGGCCGGCAGAGGCACAGAACAGGACUGGGCUUGUGGGCACCAAGCUUGCAGAGGUAAGGAAGGAAGGCAAGUGUCUCUUCCCGGUCACCUGGCACAUUAUAUAGAUCUUUGAAUAGUACCAACCUCCAUCCAGUACUGUUAUUCUUCCCAUCCCUACUGCCUCGGGAAUAGCUGUGGGCCUGCAGCGGAUAGCUAGCUAUUCCUAGCGCACCUUCGGGUGGAGAACCUGGCCGGCCUGGGGUCGCCAUGCCCACCCCGCUCCAGAUGGAGCGGUUCUUCUCCCCGCUUAACAUCUCAUUUAUUCCCUUCAUCCCAGGGCGGAGUGCCAUCUCAGGCUGUGCCACUAGAAAAGCCACCGCCUGAGUCAGGACCUCAGUGGCUAUUUCUGUCGCUGAGAAGUUUCCCUCCAUACCCGCCUGGAAGCAAAAGAAGCUCGGGUCCCUUUAAGGGCCUGCGGGAACGCGCUCGCGCAGGCGGCGGCGCGCACGUUAGCGUCAGCACCCCCACGCGCAUGCGCACGGAGGGAGGCCUGCUCUUCGCAGAGACGGCUUAAGAACCUAGUAGUGACGCGAGCGCCUUCCCGGUUUGCCCGGCUCGCCCUGUCCGUCCUUCACCUCCCGGCCUCCGUUCCUUUCGGUCCGACGCGCCUCGGCCCCGCCCCAGCCCACCGGAUUCUUUCCAGCUCGACCCCGGCUGCCAGUUUCCCCCGCCGCCAUGAUGAUGAUGGCGUUGAGCAAGACCUUCGGGCAGAAGCCCGUCAAGUUUCAGCUGGAGGACGACGGGGAGUUCUACAUGAUCGGCUCCGAGGUGGGAAACUACCUGCGUAUGUUCCGAGGUUCUCUGUACAAGAGAUACCCCUCACUCUGGCGGCGACUAGCCACUGUGGAAGAAAGGAAGAAAAUAGUGGCAUCGUCACAUGACCAUGGAUACACCACCCUGGCCACCAGCGUGACGCUACUGAAAGCCUCAGAGGUGGAAGAGAUUCUGGACGGCAAUGACGAGAAGUACAAGGCUGUGUCCAUCAGCACAGAGCCCCCAACCUACCUCAGGGAACAGAAGGCCAAGAGAAACAGCCAGUGGGUCCCCACCCUGCCCAACAGCUCCCACCAUCUGGACGCUGUGCCGUGCUCCACCACCAUCAAUAGGAAUCGCAUGGGUCGGGACAAGAAGAGAACCUUCCCCUUGUGCUUUGAUGACCACGACCCAGCUGUGAUCCAUGAGAAUGCAUCUCAGCCCGAGGUACUGGUCCCCAUUCGGCUGGACAUGGAGAUCGACGGGCAGAAGCUGCGAGACGCUUUUACCUGGAACAUGAAUGAGAAGCUAAUGACCCCAGAGAUGUUUUCAGAAAUACUUUGUGAUGACCUGGACUUGAAUCCACUGACUUUUGUGCCAGCUAUUGCCUCUGCCAUUCGACAGCAGAUCGAGUCCUACCCCACAGACAGCAUCCUGGAGGACCAAUCUGACCAGCGUGUCAUCAUCAAGCUGAACAUCCAUGUGGGGAACAUCUCCCUGGUGGACCAGUUUGAAUGGGACAUGUCAGAGAAAGAGAACUCCCCAGAGAAGUUUGCCCUGAAGCUGUGCUCAGAGCUGGGCUUGGGCGGGGAGUUUGUCACCACCAUUGCGUACAGCAUCCGAGGACAGCUGAGCUGGCACCAGAAGACCUAUGCCUUCAGUGAGAACCCACUUCCCACAGUGGAGAUUGCCAUCCGAAAUACUGGAGAUGCUGACCAGUGGUGCCCCCUGCUGGAGACACUGACGGAUGCUGAGAUGGAGAAGAAGAUCCGGGAUCAAGACAGGAACACAAGGUAUACACAGGCACCUCUCUUCCCUAGGAGAGGCGGGGGCAUCUUCUCCCCAGGAACUUAGUUUCAAGAGGCAGUUUCUGGAGAUCAGGCCCCAGGGUACAUUUCCUCAAAGAGAGCAAAGGCAAGUCCUCAGAUCAUGUCUGCCAUAGUUCCUAGUAAGUUUCAGGGUUUCUGUAGAGAGGAGUAGGGUCCGUGCAGCCAACUGGCAAGGUCAGAAGGCUGGAGACUAUUCCUGCUAGAUUGGGGACCGCACCUAGCUCCUCUAGGAAAGUAGAACGGAAGUACUCCCCAGAAGUAAGACAGCCACCCCGAACUGUGACCGAUACCAGCUGACCAUUUAUUCCCCACUUCAGGCGAAUGAGGCGUCUUGCCAACACUGCCCCAGCCUGGUGAUGAAGCCAUCCAUGCUCGACUUCUACUGAGCAUCUCAAAAGACUGCCUUUCCUUCCUCUGUGGUAAAUAGAAAGGCAACGGGACAGCUGGUGCCAUCCUGAGGACUGGGGUAGGAGCCUCCUGGGUGCCCUCCUUCAGCACACAUUCCACUCGCUAAACCCCAACACUGUCCCCGAGUCUAGAGACGGGAAGCAGCCUCAUUUGGGUUGUGUGUUGUUUUUGUAUAGGAGCCCCAGGCAGGGCUAGUAACACUUUUAAAUAAAAGGUAACAUGUUCA